AUAACAUCCAACUCCUGAUCACCUUUGCGGAUGGGGGGACCCCACCUGUCCUGGAGGCCCUCAAGGAGGCUGACCUGCCGUGUGCUCAGGAUGAGUCAGGAACCCCUCUGCACUUCAGAUUCAACCAUUCAGCUCUCUUUGCUCCCACCCAAAAUGGAGGAAGCCGUAAUGCGGUUGCUGAAAUGUUCUGGAAAAUGAGCACUGAGAGCAUGAAGGAUUUCUUUGACUCUUUAAAGAUGGUGGAGACCAAAAGUUUAACCUUGACCAUGGACAUCCUCAAGGAACGUCAGGAGCUGGAAGCUGCUCUUAGAAGUCCUCCCUCUCUUAAGGUUCAGCCUGUCAAACCAAAUAGUUUCCUGAUCACUAUUAAUCCAAUGGCCGAAGCGAUGGCUUCAAUCUCUGGGUACCAAGUGGCAUAUCGGGCUGCAGGAGAGGAGAACUGGAAAAGUCUCCAUGUAGAAGGUUCUAAGAAUGAAUUCACCCUAGAAAAUGUGCACCUCACUACUCAGUACCAAUUCCGAUGUGCUGCUGUGACACAUCUUGAGAUCAGCCGAUGGAGUGAGGAGACCACUUGCAUCUAUCCUGCAGAGAAGACUGAACAGAAACCGCCAGAUCUGUCCUGGGCGACUCCUCUGGGUAGGACUGCAAACUUCGGAGGACCUGAGCGGAGGAUCGUCCUUGUGGGCAAAGGCGGAAACGGGAAAACUGCAACAGGAAACACAAUUCUGGGAAGAAAAGCCUUUGAGUCUGGGAUGUCACUUAGACUACUGACCAAAACUUGCCAAAGAGAAGAGGCACAGCUGAAUGGCAGGAAGGUUGUGGUGGUCGAUACACCUGGCAUCUUGGACACUGGCUAUCCCAUGAGAGAAACUCUUCCCGAAGUGAGCAAGUGUAUGAAGUUUUUCCCGGGUCCACAUGUCAUUCUGCGCAUCGUGCGUCCUGGCCUUUUCUCCCAUGACGAGAAGGAAGUGGCUCAGCUGAUCAGAGAGAUGUUCAGCUUUAGGGCCCUGAAUUACAUGAUCCUCUUGUUCACCCGGAAAGAGGACCUGGACGGAAGGUCUCUGGAGGAAUACAUAUCUGGGGAAGGUGUCUGUUUUAGGGAAGAGGCAUACCAUUGUGGGAACCGGUUCUUGGCUUUCGGCAACAAGGCCACAGGAGAAGAACGAGAGGCUCAGGUGGCCCAGCUGAUGACCAUGAUUGAUCAACUGGUGCAGAAGAAUGGGGAUGCUCCUUAUUACACGGAAGACAUGCUGAUGGCGGAGAAGUUCAAGGAAAAAUUCAAGUUGUUUAAGCAGCUCUACAGAGCAGGGGGGUCUCCACACUUGGCAACAAAGGUGGUCCAGCCUUUGGAGGAAGUGGGCGGCAGCUGCACCCCCUUGCCGGGCUCAGGGGGAAGGGCAGGUGGGACCCCACAGAAGCCCCAGGACCCCCAAGCGGGCAUUCCCCAGGGCCGCAGGGUGGAGCGGGGCGAGGGCAGAGCUCCUCCUGGGCCUGUGGUGGGGAAGCGGGGAACCAGAAGGACCAGCGGCACUCAGGAGCCAAGCAUGGCCCAGGCAGAGGCCCCCAUUGAGACCCCAGCCCUGGGCCGCCCCUUCCAGCUGGGGAUGCUGUACGACUGCCGCAGGGAUACCCUCAUCCCAGGAGUCACCCUUUGGGAUUACGACUCUCUUCAGAAGGACCUGACCAUCAAGCCUCAGCCCAAAACUGAAUCUGAAAUCAUUGCAUCCGACAGCAUAGAUGAUAAGAGCUCUGCCCUGGACAUCUCAGCCUCCCUCACGGCCAGUUUCCUGGGAGGGCUGGUUGAAGUGGGAGGGUCAGCCAAGUAUCUUCAUGACAAAAAGAAGUCCAAGAAACAGGCCAGAGUCACCGUUCAGUACAAAACCACCACCAGGUAUGAACAGCUGACAAUGAACCACCUAGGAAUCCAGAAUAUCUCUCACAAAGCCGUCUUUGAGCAUGGCACAGCCACCCAUGUGGUCACCGCCAUCCUCUAUGGAGCCCAGGCCUUUUUUGUCUUUGACCGAGAAGUUUCUUCAAAGGAGAUGGUAAAAAAUAUAGAGGGAAACCUCCGGGCUACACUCACGAAGGAAAUAUCUAUUGGAGGAGAAGCAGAGGUCCAACUGACUGCGAAGGAGAAAGAGGAUGCUCUGAAGUUCAGGUGCAAAUUCCAUGGAGACUUUUCUUUGGAGAAAAAUCCAGUCACUUUCCAAGAUGCCAUGAAAGUUUAUGAAACUCUCCCAAAAAUGUUAGGGAAAGAUGGGGAGAAGGCUGUGCCUAUGAGGGUCUGGCUCUACCCUCUGACCAAGCUGGACACCACAGCAGCUAAGAUGGUCCGUGAGAUCAGCCUAACGUUGAUCUUUGAUGCUAAAAUGAUCUUGGAGGAUCUCAAUGAAAUCCAGAUGCAAAGCAACGAUCUAGCCAAGAAUCCCAUUGCUGAGACCUUCCCUGAGAUCCAGAGGAAGAUCCAGCAGUUCAAGGAUCUCUGCAAGCAACACAGGCAGACUUUCCAGAAAGAGCUGGCCAGAAUGUUGCCUUCCAUCCGGGGAGGAGGGCAGGAGGAAGGGACCCUGGUGGACCUCUUGAUGUCCGUCAACCAGUCGCCCUUCAACAGCCAAAGACUCCAUCAAUUUCUGGACAGCAAAAAAAGAGAAAUUAACUUUGUCAAAUCUUAUCUGACUAUUCUAAAUAAUAUAGAAGUUAUCUCAUCUCAGAACAAGCUGGAAGAAAUAGUUCUGGACCCCCAGAAUGUACAUGUGGUCUCCUUUACAUUCACUUCUUUACGUAAAGAGGAGCCAUUUCUGUUGAGCUUACAGAAGUGGCUUCAGGAGCAAUUCUUGCAAGAAUCAACCAAGUCCACAAGAUCCAGUCCUGGGGUGAAGGAAGGCAUGGCCUGGUUUGAAGACAAGGAGAGGACCCGCAAUUCUCGCCAAGCUGCAAAAUCCAUCAAAGACUUUUUCAGUAUCAAUCAAUCAAAAGAGAAGAUCCGCUUUGUUGUGGCCUCAAAACCAGAUGUGGACACCCCAGGAGCCUCAAUACACUUUUAUGAGGAUGGAGAGCUGGUCAGCAAGAACUAUGAGUUGCCCUCAAAACCACUCCAAUUCCUGAUCAGUGAACUGAGACACGACAGCAUUCAACUGAAGUUUCAGCCAGCUGAAUAUGGAAAGGCUUCCAUCUCCAACUAUCUGGUAAAGUACAAGGUUGCAGGGGAAAAUAACUGGAAGACCAUGAGGACAGAGGACAACAGGGAGAUGUUCCUGCUGAAAGAUCUACCUCCAAACACAGAUGACCUGAGCCCACCCAUAAAGACCCUUCCCACCAGCCCUCCUGGGGAAUUAAGAAUGGUCACUGCAGCAUCUUCUGUCAUCUCUGUGGCCUGGAUGAGUCCCAGCAUCGUUGCCUCAGGAAUUGUGGUCAAGGAGUACAAGGUGGAGUACAGAACGGUGGAGGCUGGAGUUGGGAAGGACCAAUGGGCUGAAAAAAGGACUGGGAGAAAAACAGAAUUUUACUCUAUCGAAGGUCUGAAUCCCCAGACAGUGUACAGAAUACGGGUGUUGGCCGUGUGUGAUAAUGGAACUCUGGGUGUCCCCAGUGAGGAGUUGGAGGUCUCCACAUCACUGGAAAAAGAAGGCAGAGACAACAUAGCCCAACAGUUCCUUCAGAAAAGGUUCCUGGUGGAGGACAGCCAGCCAUUAGUGUUUGCACUUACUCUGGAGGAAGUCCCCUCAGUUGCCUCCACCUCCUGUCUCAUGUACCAGCUUGGAAAGGAGAGCCUGGAAGUGCCCAACAAAGUCAUCCUGGUGAUGGGAGCAACCCUGUCUGGGAAAACCACUCUGAUCAACGGGAUGAUCAAUUAUAUUCUGGGUGUCCAGUGGGAAGAUAAUUUCAGAUUCAAACUCAUUCAUGAAAUCACCCAAAGAAGUAAAGCUGGAAGCAGGACGUCUGAAGUGACAGCCUACAUGGUGAACCAUCAGAAAUGUUUCCGAAUUCCCUAUUCUCUCACAAUCAUUGACACGCCAGGAUUUGGCGAUGCAGAGCAAGACAAACUGGUUGAGAAACAGCUCCUGGAGUUUUUCUCCACCCCAGGGGGCAUUGACCACGUGGAUGCCAUCUGCUUGGUGGCCCAAGCCUUCCUUGCCCAUUCAACUCAUGCCCAGAAAUGUGUCUUUGAUUCCAUGCUCUCCAUGUUGGGAAAAGAUGUGAAGGAUAACAUCCAACUCCUGAUCACCUUUGCGGAUGGGGGGACCCCACCUGUCCUGGAGGCCCUCAAGGAGGCUGACCUGCCGUGUGCUCAGGAUGAGUCAGGAACCCCUCUGCACUUCAGAUUCAACCAUUCAGCUCUCUUUGCUCCCACCCAAAAUGGAGGAAGCCGUAAUGCGGUUGCUGAAAUGUUCUGGAAAAUGAGCACUGAGAGCAUGAAGGAUUUCUUUGACUCUUUAAAGAUGGUGGAGACCAAAAGUUUAACCUUGACCAUGGACAUCCUCAAGGAACGUCAGGAGCUGGAAGCUGCUCUUAGAAGUCCUCCCUCUCUUAAGGUUCAGCCUGUCAAACCAAAUAGUUUCCUGAUCACUAUUAAUCCAAUGGCCGAAGCGAUGGCUUCAAUCUCUGGGUACCAAGUGGCAUAUCGGGCUGCAGGAGAGGAGAACUGGAAAAGUCUCCAUGUAGAAGGUUCUAAGAAUGAAUUCACCCUAGAAAAUGUGCACCUCACUACUCAGUACCAAUUCCGAUGUGCUGCUGUGACACAUCUUGAGAUCAGCCGAUGGAGUGAGGAGACCACUUGCAUCUAUCCUGCAGAGAAGACUGAACAGGGAUCCCAGGAGGACCACGGGGCCCAAGCAAAGGAAGAAGGGAAGGACAUUGGACUCCGGCUCAUCCUGGUGGGGAAGCCUGGAAGCGGGAAGAGCAGCACAGGCAACUCCAUCCUCGGCCGGAGCGAGUUCAAGACCACUACCCUGACGAGCCAAAAAGGGCAGGGAAGCUGGUGGGGUGCGUUGAUCUCCGUGGUCAACACGCCUGUCAUUUUCAGUUGCAAAGACUACAAUGAGAUUGUGCGACGAGAGAUCAGGGCUUGCAUUGAGCUCUCCCGGCCUGGCCCCCAUGCCCUCAUUUUCGUGACCCGAGUGGAGCACUAUACCUCAGAAGACAUGGCCGUUGCAGCGCGAGUCUGGGAUAUCUUUGGGGCCAAAUCCACCAAGCACACAAUUGUCCUUUUCACCGGCAUGGAGAAUUUGGGCAGGACCUCCCUGCAGGAGUACGUCCAAAAGUCCAAAAACAAGAAUCUGCGGGAGCUGAUCCAGAUGUGUGGGAACCGCUUCUGUGGGUUCAACAACAAUGCCACGGGAGCUGAGUGGGAGAGGCAGGUUUCAGAGCUGAUGAAGAUAGUGCAGAGAACCAUUUGUGAGAAUGGGGGUAGAUACUACACCAACUGUCUGUACAUGGAGCCCAAGUUACAGGAUGAGCUCUUCAGAAUGUUCAUCUAGCAGAACCGGAAGCCAAGUUUUUACGAGAGGAAAGAGUGGAGCAAGUUUUUCCAUUGGGGAUGCUGGAUGAGAUGUUGCUGCAGGAGAAUGGCGGGAAGCCCUACUUUAUUCUAGAGAGUCAAAAAAAUAAGGGGUCCACUCUUACCUCAAGAUGAAGAGGCACUGAGGUGUAUUGCUCUUUAUGACUUUUUUUUUCUUUAGCAGCUUCUUUGAUGAACCCUCUCCAGUUAUCUUACAUUUCCUCUUGUGCAGUUAUGCCUUUGCUAUGUGUUCAGAUGAUAACUCCCAUGGUUCCCAGCUGAUGUUAUGACAUCCAGCAUUUUUAGCUGGUCCCCUAAUGCCAAACUCACACUCAAAGUUUUAUCAAGUUGUAAACCGCUGUUACUGGAGUCUUGUGAGUCCUUUUGUCAAUGGUCCAACUCGUGAACCCAAAGAAAGUAGGCACUGUCAGGGACUUUGUUGUCCCAAAAGCAAAACUUUAUUGGAUACACCAUUUCAGCACUGAAGAAAUAAAACCAGCUCUAGGUUUUCCUGUGCAAGCAUGCAUAGUUAAACAAUGGUUUACAUUCUCCCCAACCCCUUGUUGAUCCCACAGUCCAAUUAUAAAUUGUCCUUUUGUUAUGAGAAAGGUUUGCUUCUUUUGCAGACACCUGCAUUGGUGGCCUUGGCUCCCACAGACUGUCUCUGAAGUGUCUGCAUUCUUUCCUCCCCUCCCCCCAAGUUUUGGCAAGUUGAAUAGCAUUACAUUUCCAAUGUGAAAUUGUGUUCUUAGUUGUUUCAUAUUAAAAAAAGGGGAGGGGGAAGAUUGUCACCACAAUGCUCCUCCUAGGCCUCUUGAGGCCUGUCCUCCAUGUCAGUUCCCAUAGAUUUCUAUAGGGAUGCUGUCAUUCUGGUGGGAGGAGGGAGGCUUGGGGGGGAUCUCUGUAUGGAGUUUCUGUUUCUAUUUCCUGCUUUGCUUUGCUGUAACUUUCGGGGCCUUGGGAGGGGGGAAGGAAUGUGCCUUAUCUCGUCUCUGGAGAAGAGCAGCAGCGUUGCCUUGGAGACCGGCCUUUAUCACCUCCUCGGCCUGAGUUUCUCAUAAUAUCUUUACACCUCGGGAUUGGCUUGACGAUGUAUUGGACUUUGGGAGGGGCUCUGUCUGCACUGCUUUAAUUCACUGUUUUAAGUGGGGAAACCUAAUUCC